AUGGGUUCCUCCGAAAAUCCGUCGACGACGAAUGCUCCAACGACUCCUUCCCUCCCGACGGACUUCUCGACAACGCCGCACGUUGUCGACUUGAGCGCGGUGCCGAUUUUCAACGGGGAGCACUUCUCCUCGUGUCCUUUCAAGCUCAAGGUGUAUAUGAUGGAGCGCGACUUGUGGGGCUUCUUCGAUGGGUCGGCAUCGAAGCCCGCCUCGGACGCUUGGGUGCGAAAGGAGAAGGAAGCAUGGGUGCGAAAGGACAAAAAGGCAUUUGCCUUUCUUGUCUCCAAGCUAAGCCUCCAACUCGUCCCGAUCGUGAGUCCGUGCAUCGACCGUGACGGCGCGACUCGUGAAGCGUGGAAGCGACUCGAAGGAGAGCACGUCUCCAAGUCGCUUCAUAGCAAGCUUCAAGCGCGCCUCGACUUCUUCACGGUGCGGAUGAGGGACGGCGAGUCAAUGCGCGCGUACGUCAACCGCGUGGAGGAGCUUGGCGAGCGCUUGGUGGAACUCGACGCGAGCGUGGAGGACAACGAUUGGAUCAUGACGCUCCUCGCGGGCCUCGGCGAAGCAUGGUCAACGGUGAUUACGAUGUUGGAUGGGACGCAAGACACGUGGAAGGAGUAA